GGGGGAGGGGGGGGCAGGGAUCCCAGCUCCCCCUCCCCUUCUCCCUCCCGCCCCUGCACAGAGCCUAUAAAACGGCGCUGCCUCCUAUCGCCUGCACUCGGGCUGCGCUGGCCCGAGGCGGAGGCGGCCCUGAGGUGCUUGCUGCUCUGCCCCUGCCCCCACGCUUCGCCGGUGCCGCCGGUCCUGAGGCGGCUGCUCAGCCUCCCUGUGUGUGCGUGUCUGUGUGUGUGCGUGUGCGUGUGCAGCGCGUGUGCCUCCCUCCUCCUCGCCCGCCUGCUCCUCUCCCCGCCGCCGCCAAGCUCCGCGCCCUUCCACCUCGGCUGGGGCCAAGCCCCCGCCGCCUCCCGCCCCGCUGGGCCGCGGCAGCAGCAGCAGCAGCAGCAGCAGCAGCAGCAUGUCCGGCUCGGGGAGGAAAGACUUUGACGUGAAGCACAUCUUGCGCCUCCGCUGGAAACUGUUCAGCCACCCGUCGGCGCCCGGCGGGCCGGCGGGGGGCGGCUGCCUGCAGCAGGACGGCGGCUUCGAGCACUGGGGGCCCAGCCAGAGCCGCCUGCUGAAGGGCCAGGAGCGGGGCAGCGGCGCCUUCUGGAAGAAGCCUUCCUCGUCGUCGUCGUCGUCGUCCUCCUCCUCGUCCUCCUCCUGCUGCCCCAGUACCCCGCUCAAUGGCACCCUGACCCGCCUGCAGCCCGGCGGGCAUGGGCUGGGCCAGCCCCAGCACCCGGCGCCCAGGACCAUCUUCUACGUGGAGGCCCUGGAGGAGGAGGAGGUGGUGGUGCCCGGUGGGAUGGAGGUCGCCCCGGAGCAGGAGAAGAAGGCCCUGGGGGUGCCAGAGGUGAAGGAGGGCUACUCGGAUGGCAGCGGCCAGGCAACAGGUGAAGGAUGUGGACACAGAUUGUCAGCAGCCAGCCAUCCUCUGUCACCUCCAUGUGAUAUGGAUUCCAGUAGCUCUGAGGAAUUCUAUCAGGCAGUACACCAUGCUGAACAAACCUUCAGAAAAAUGGAAAGCUACCUGAAGCAGCAGCAACUCUGUGAUGUUAUCCUUAUUGCUGGGAACCGCAAAAUACCUGCUCAUAGGCUUGUUCUCAGUUCAGUAUCUGACUACUUUGCUGCGAUGUUUACAAGUGAUGUUUGUGAAGCCAAACAAGAGGAGAUCAAAAUGGAAGGCAUAGACCCUAAUGCAUUGUGGGAUCUUGUGCAGUUUGCAUACACAGGUUGCUUGGAACUGAAGGAGGAUACCAUCGAAAACCUUCUGGCAGCUGCCUGCCUCCUGCAACUUCCACAAGUAGUAGAAGUUUGCUGCCACUUUCUAAUGAAGCUAUUACACCCCUCCAACUGUUUGGGAAUACGAGCAUUUGCAGACGCACAGGGAUGCACAGAGCUCAUGAAGGUGGCUCACAACUACACCAUGGAGAACAUAAUGGAAGUCAUCAGAAAUCAAGAGUUUUUACUGUUGCCAGCAGAGGAGCUACAUAAACUCCUUGCAAGUGAUGAUGUGAAUGUUCCUGAUGAAGAAACUAUUUUUCAUGCCUUAAUGAUGUGGGUUAAGUAUGAUAUGCAAAGGAGAUGCGGUGACCUGAGUAUGUUACUUGCCUAUAUCAGACUACCACUGCUUCCACCACAGAUAUUGGCUGACCUAGAAAACCAUGCACUGUUUAAGGAUGACUUGGAAUGCCAGAAACUGAUUUUGGAAGCCAUGAAAUAUCAUCUUUUACCAGAGAGACGAACUCUAAUGCAAAGUCCAAGGACAAAACCUAGAAAAUCUACAGUUGGGGCACUUUAUGCUGUUGGAGGAAUGGAUAACAACAAAGGUGCUACAACUAUAGAAAAAUAUGAUCUUAGGACAAAUAUAUGGAUCCAGGCCGGAGUGAUGAAUGGAAGGAGGCUUCAGUUUGGUGUAGCUGUCAUCGAUGAUAAACUCUUUGUUAUUGGAGGUCGGGAUGGUUUAAAGACGUUAAAUACAGUCGAAUGUUACAAUCCAAAAACCAAGGCUUGGACUGUCUUACCAUCAAUGUCAACACAUAGGCAUGGUUUAGGUGUAACAGUACUUGAAGGACCCAUUUAUGCAGUGGGGGGCCAUGAUGGUUGGAGCUAUUUGAACACAGUUGAGAGGUGGGACCCACAAAGUCAACAGUGGACAUUUGUGGCAAGUAUGUCAAUUGCCAGAAGCACUGUCGGAGUGGCAGCAUUAAAUGGCAAGUUAUAUUCAGUUGGAGGUCGGGAUGGAAGUUCCUGUUUGAGUUCAAUGGAAUAUUAUGAUCCUCACACAAAUAAAUGGAAUAUGUGUGCACCCAUGUGCAAGAGAAGAGGAGGUGUAGGUGUUGCCACAUGUGAUGGCUUUCUCUAUGCAGUUGGAGGCCAUGAUGCUCCUGCUUCUAACCACUGUUCCAGAUUGCUGGAUUAUGUAGAAAGAUAUGAUCCAAAAACUGAUACCUGGACAAUGGUGGCUCCAUUGAGUAUGCCUCGAGAUGCUGUUGGUGUCUGUCUCCUUGGUGAUAAAUUAUAUGCAGUGGGUGGAUAUGAUGGCCAGACAUACCUGAACACUAUGGAAUCAUAUGACCCUCAAACUAAUGAAUGGACACAGAUGGCUUCCCUAAAUAUUGGAAGAGCAGGUGCCUGUGUUGUAGUCAUCAAGCAACCAUGACUUUUGUCAGCAUUGCUUAGGAUUUAAUUGACUGUGAAAUGCUUAUUUUACUAUCAGACAACAAGAAUGAUAACUUCAUGAGAACAAGGAUUUACAUAGUCAAUAAUCUGUUAAUCACAAACUUGACGAAGUUUAAAAACAGGGAAGAUUAAGGAUUUAUGCCCUAUCCAAUCAUUAGAAGAUGUUCAGUCGAUGAACAAGAAAAAACAGUUUGUAGUAGGAGCAAAUGUAGUGGUAAGUCCAGACACUGUUCUCAAGAGUUAUAAAGCUGGAUAAUCAAUAUCAUCAAGGGCCAGCUCUUCAUAAGGAGCAGAAGGGAGUAAGAGAACAGCUUUCAUGGCACCAAGAAUUUUAACUACAGAACCAUCACAGCACAUUCAGUCACUUUUUAAACCUUUGUAUUAAAAGGAACAGUAGAUGUGAUGUUUUUCUGUCAAGGUAUUAUGUUCAAAUUGGUUAUGGGCUUUAAAUUUAGAUAUGUGAUUAUACAAGGCAAGGGCAUUAAUACUUGCUUAAGAAAAAAAGAAAGGUUGAAAGGUUAGUUCUCUUCCUCAUCCACAGUGAUUACGUUUCUUCUCUGCAGUCUGAGGAGAAGCAAGAGAAAAAUUAAACCAACAUGACAAUUGUUUCAAUAAUUGGGGACUAUCGCUCCUUGUCUGUGAUGCAUCAUGUUGCACUGAUGUUAUAUCCUGAACGUUUGAGCAAAGUCUACACAGAGAGAACAACAUACUUUUAGCCCUACCUGGGCUUCAUUGCAAAAAUGGAACUCAGUUUGAAUGAACAUAUCAAUCCAUAAAUCCGUCUUAUCUUGUAUAAAACUGAAGCAUGUUUGCUCUGGUCAUAUUAUAUUUUAUGCAUCUUCUGCAUGUGGAAGCCCAUGAAAAGCUGAAAGGCAGCUAUUUUUGCUUCAUUCCAGUAUAUAAUAAAUUAAAUAUGACCAGGGUAAGGAAUUAUCUUUUUGGCCCAGUUUGAUGCAGAUGGACAAAAUAAAUAGAAAUGUCAUGACAUUUCCUUUUUCAAAUUCCUACACAAAAACUGGUCCUUAUUCCACUUACACUUAAUUUCCAUUUUAUUACUGAAAGUUACUGAAAGUACAGCACAAGUGAGAAAUGUAUGCGAGUGGAGUAAGACAAAAUUAGGCCAUCUAGAUAUAAUAAAUCCCAUAUAAUAAAUAUAUUAGAGCCUUGUGUGCUUUUCUUUAGGGUAAUUCAAAUACAGCAGUAACACUACAUCAAGCUUUUGACUCAGCAAUGAAGUUGGUAUCCGUAUUUUCUAGUUGGUCAUUUGAAUUGGUUUAAAAUCUAAACCACCUAAUGGAAUGUGAGGAUCCAAGGGAUUACAGUAUUCAAAGCAGCAUAGAAACUAGUGGGGAUGAGCCUAUUUGGCAAAGAACAACCUUUUUUGUUUCUGAAUCAAUGCAGGUUUUCUAGGGAAAAAAAAGAUUGUGUUUCAAAUACAGGAGCCAUGUCAUUCAUAAGAAUUCAGAAUAAUUCUGAACUGUCCUGUGAUAGCUACAGCUGAGGAACUUUUCAUUGCCUUUGAAGCCGCUUACAUUGCCAGUAUGUAUAUUACAAUAUGCUCAAUGAUAGUUGGAAAUGUAUCUUUUUAGUAGUGUGGAGCUGCAGCAAUUAUGUUACCCUGCCAUUAAGUGCCAAAACCCACCAAAAAGAUACCAGUUUUCUGUCUUGAGCGAACUUUCAUAGCAAAUCACUGGUGCUGGUUUAAUUUUUUAUGCUCUUCUUUGCUAGUCAAAAGACAGUUGCACAAGCAGUUCUUGAGUUAGGAUUAGCCUCUUUUGUGGACAAAUCCAAGAGAUCUUUAAGGUACUGAAAAAAAAAGAAUCCUACAAAAUAAAUGUUGAUAGGAACAAAGCUUCUUGGUUUUUUGGAACUGAACUACCAAAAAGUUUUGUAUUAACCAGAUGUUGAAUUGGGUGUAGAUAUAUAAAUGUAUAUAUCCAGCCAUUUAAAUAUACAUUCCCAAAUAUAUAUGGAUUCCUAGAACUUUUUGAAUCAGCUAACAAAUAUAUACCAGCUUGUUAUAACAAAGAGUUCUCUUUUGUUUUGAUAGACACUGGAAUAGUCACUAGUCUUACUUGUUAGGAGGACUGAGGUUUAACUGUGUAAUCCUUACUGUUGUUAAACUGAAAUUUAAUUUAAUAGCAGGUCACUUCAGGGCCAAUACAGGACUUGUAGCACAAUUAAAUCCUAUUUUCAUGUGCAUACAUGGUGUUCGGGGAUCCUGGUUUUCUCUGGUAACAUAUAUAUAUAUGUUAGUGGUGCUUCAUUUUAAUCAUGGAAAAAUGUGGAUUUCGGGUUAUUUUUUUUAAGUAAAAAAAUUUGGGAUUUUUUUUAUCCCAAAUUCACAUUUUUCCAUGAUUAAAAUGAAACACCACUAAUAUAUAUAGUUUUUACUCCAUGAUUAAAAUGAAUGAUGUUUCAUUAUAUAUAUUUUAGUGGUGUUUCAUUUUAAUCAUGGAAAAAUGUGGAUUUGGGGUUAUUUUUUUUGUCAGAAAAUUUGGGAUUUUUUUAUCAAAGAAAACCAGGAUGCUUACCUUUAACAUAGGGUAUACAUUUAACCCAGAAUAACUGGAGUUCCUUACAAUUUCAGUUUUCUUUAGGUAGGUCAAUUAUUUUUGAAAAACUUGUACAAAUAAUAAAUCUAUCUGAAGUUAGAGGGUGGAAAAAGUGAACAACUGAAAUAAUUACAGUGGUUUAUCAUGCACAGAUACUGGUUUAAAAAGGUUCCUCAUUUUUGCUAACACUAUGUAUAAUGCUGGUAAAGGAAAUAAUAUUUCCCAUGUUCAAACUGGUUCAGAGUCCACCUAAACAGUCCUUUCAAAGCCAAGUUCCAAAAUAACUAAAUAAAAUAAAAUUCAGUAAAGACUAAACAUUAUUGAGUAAAAAUUGUUUCAAUUCAGAAUCCACAAUUUCUGUCAAGUGCUUUAUAGCCAGUAUAGAACUGAAAUAUGAAUAGUACCUCUGCAUCUAACCUCCAAUAAAAGAAAUUCCAUACAUGUAACCCAUAUUGAGGUAACUGUCUCGUGACCACUUUUAUCCAUGAUUUCCUUAUUCCUUUUGAUAAUUUCUCUUGUUACCACGUUGGUUAACUAUUCUGUAACCCAAUACUAAGCACAUCAUACAGUUCCCUUUCAACAGUAGUAAAACACUGUGAUUAUUUAUCUUCUUUUUAUUUCUAAUUGUAUACCUCUAUAUCCAAUAUAGAUAAAAGGCCAAAACUGACCUUCAGUUUCUGUAUGCAGCUAGAUCUCAGAGAUUUCAAAUGUGUUGCAUGCAUUUAUUUGAGAGAGAAGACAGUAGGUGGGAUUUUCAAAAGUGUUCAGCAAUGGCUUUUUGCUUUCAUUAAGUCAAUGGGAGUUUUAGCUUUGAAAGGAACAGCUCUGAGUCAAAUGGAAUGCUACUGAAAAUCUUAUCACCAAGAGCUGUAAUCCAUAAACCUCCAGAGUAAUAUCAAUCCAGGGACACACUGGAUUGGAUUGGAAUAAUUUAUGAUAGUCUUGUGUUGUGCCAGUGAGUUUCAGAGAUCAGAUCCUCCUUCCAUCAUGCAUAUUAAAUAGUACCUUUCUUCCCAAGUUAGUCUUCUUGGUAUCAUUCCACCUGACGAGGCUUGGCAGAAUCUGGCCAAGAACACACAUACAUUAAGUCAAAUGAAAUGAAUUAUUAUUACCUGCCUACUUGGAAAAAUUGUUAUUUGUAAAAUGAAAUAAGUAAUCACAAAAAGGUAUUUUAUAAUUGAUUUCCAUUCUCUCUCUCUUUCUCUUCUGCUGGCUAACUUAUAACAAUUCAUUUUACUAACAAACAUUUACCAUAUUGCCAAUAAAGUUAAUUUUACUGGGAAUUUCUUAUUUGCUGUAUCAUUCCCCUGUCUUGGAGUUUCACUCAGCUGCCCAUCACCACAUCCACAGAGCCAGUCACAUCAUAGGAGGCAAUCCAGUGGGUCAGGCAUGAUUUGCCCCUGGUGAAUCCAUGCUGACUGUUCCUAAUCACCUUUUUCUUGCCAAGUGCUAAGAAACGGAUUCCUUGAGGAUCUGCUCCACAAUUUUCCAGGGGACUGAGAUGAGGCUGACUGGUCUAUAGUUCCCUGGCUCCUCUUUUUUUCCUUUAUUAAAUAUGGGCACUACGUUUGGCCUUUUCCAAUCACCUGGGACCUCUCCUGAUUGCCAUGAGUUUUCAAAGACCAUGGCCAACGGCUCUGCAAUCACAUCAGUCAACUCCCUCAGCACCCUCAGGAGCACCCCUUCUGGCCCCAUGCACUUAUACACAUCUAACUUUUCUAGGUAGUCACAAACGUGUUCUUUCACCACUGAGGGCUGCUCACCUCCUCCCCAGACUGUGCUGCCUGGUGCAGUAGCCUGGGAGCUGACCUUGCCUGUGAAAACUGAAGCAAAAAAAGGCAUUGAGCACUUCAGCCUUUUCUGCAUCCUCUUCAGCCUUUUCUGCCUUCCUCAUUCAGUAAGGGACCCUCACUUUACCUGAUUCUCUUCUUGCUACUAACAUACUUAUAGAAGCCCCUCUUUUUACCCUUCACAUCCCAUGCUAGUUGCAACUCCAAUUGUGCUUUGACCUUCUAGACUUUAUCUCUGCAUGCCCAAGCAAUGCUCUUAUUGUCUUUCCUAGUUAUUUGUCCAAGUUUCCACUUCUUAUAAUCUUCCUUUUUGUGAUUUAGUUUACUAAAAAGUUCCUGACUAAGCCAUGCUGGUCUUCUGCCAUAUUGCUAGUCUUCCUGUGAAUCGGGAUUGUUUGUUCCUGCAUUUUCACUAAGGCUUUUUUCAAAUAUAGCCAGCUCUCCUGAAAUCCUCAACUCCACAGAUUGGCUUCCCAGGGGAUCCUGCCUCUGAGUUCCCUGAGCAUGUCAAAGUCUGCUUUUCUGAAGUCCAGGGCCCUUACUCUGCUGUUCUCCAUCCUUUCUUUCCUCAGGAUCCUGAACUCAAUCAUCUCUCUGCCAAAGUUGCUAUUCACUACUACAUUCCCCACCAAUUCUUCCUGUUUGUGAGCAGCAAUUUUAGAAGAGCAUGGCCACUAGUUGGCUGCUCCAGCACUUGCACCAGAAAGUUGUCCUGAAUACUCUCCAAAAGCUUCCUGGAUUGCCUGCGCACUGUUGUAUCAUCCUCCCAGCAGAUGUCAGGGUGACUGAAGUCCUCCAGGAGAACCAGGGCCUGUGACUGGGAAACUUCUGCUAGCUGUUUGAAGAAAACCCCACCUACCACUUCCUCUUGGUCUGGUAGUCUAUAGCAGCAUCACCCUUGUUGCUCUCCCUUCUGACCCUAGACUUAAUUGAGUUUUCUGGAACAUGGUAUUUACCAUGCUCCUGCCAGCAUACUGAGAUUGGGUCUCUAAAGUCCCAGGAGCACCCACCCAGAUUCCCCUGUUCUUACAUGUACCUUGGGAAUCAGCCAGCAUGGGAUUCCCUAGGUGCCCAUAUCACACUGCUGCACCCCAACGCAGGGCAUGCCUUUGCAAAUGGGGUAACCAUGAGUUUUACUGCUUGCAGAUGAAUGCCUGGAAAAUCUCCUGGCAGGAGAUUUUCUAAGUGGUGUAUAUUGUGCUGGUAUGCUCUAAAUUGGAUUGCAUCUCUGCAAACAAGGAAACCCCAAGGAAUCCCCAUAAACCUGCUGGGGAAUCCCCUUGGGGUUCCUGCAUUUGCAGAGGUACACCGCAAGUGCUGUUCUGCAGGAUUGGGCCUCUGCUGCUUCUGAAAGCAGCAGGGGUCUGACAUCUUGGUACAGCUGUUCCAUUUCAUUCAGCAAUGUCUGCUUGUAACCUAAGUGUUCCUUUGGCAUUUUUAGGCCUCUAUGUCACUAAACCUUUAUUUCUACUAUUCUUCCCCUCAAAACAUCCUCUGUUCCCUUUAGGUACCUAAAUUCCAUAGACUCCCAGUGAGAUACCUUGUCUUAAACUCAAAAUCUCUCCACAGUCCCCUAUACCUGAUCUUCUGAGCAUAUUCAGAAUGUAUCCAAAAUGGCUACCCAGGCAUCAUAUUCAGCUUACAAUUUUUUCUGAUUCUACUGCAUCUGGAAAAAAAAAUGUCUAAGUUGUGCACAAGUUCCUAACUGGCCAAAUUAGAAAGGAGCAGCUACUACAGCUGUUUGAAAUUAAGAACAUACUGGUGGUGCAACUGCUGACUCCAUUUUUGCCCAACUGUUUAAGAUAUUUUUCCUGGGCCUCUUAUCUGAUCCCCUGACUCUCUCAUUCUGGGAUGUUCAUUGGUUCAAAAGGGUGUCAUCACCUCUAUGUAGUCCCUAGCCUGAUGUUUAGGGAACUGACCUGGGAGAUGGAAAAUGUGGGUUCAUGUUCCUUCAGAACAAUGGAAGUUCUAAAACCUGAGUCUAUCACUUCCAUAGCAAGUGCCAUUAAACUCUAAGUUAAACGGUGGAUGAGUUACCUUUCUCUUCCUCCAUCUGUAUGUUGGUCACGUGCUCUGAUGCAAUGGUAAGUGCAAUAUCCAAGUGUAAGGGAUUCCAAAUGGGUACAUUCCUGCUUAUUGAAUUAGAGCAGGGAGAAUUGCGAUAUGAUCUAUAGGUCUUCCUAUUCAUAUAAAAAAACAGAGAGAUUUGUACAGAGAAGGGCAGGAUAAGGUAACCCUCUGGAUUAGGUCGCACUAGAUUUCUCAUUGAGAUAGCAGACCUAAAUGUUUUAGGGUAUAUCUACACCACAGUGAUUGGAUGCUCAGUUGCAGUGCUUAAAAAAAUUAAGCCCCACCAACCUGGUCCUUCUUCCUGCCUGUCAACCCCAAAAUGAGGCAGUUGAGAAUAUCUGGGGCACUUUUGACACUGAGCACAAGACCUUGCUUUGUGGUAUGCUCAAAAGUAGUGACCUGGAGCACACCCUCAACAUUCCCUGGGUCUCAUUUCUGAUCCAAGUGGAGCAGAGGCAAGUGAUGGGACUUAUUACCACAGCAGUGGAUCCUGCCACUGCAGGUAUAGACAUACCGUACAGGUGUAAGAGGAUUGGUCUUCCAAUUUUGGAAUUUGCCACCGAAUUCUGAAACAAGUAGCAAGUCAGAGGAGCUUGCCGACUUGUUAUGUCCCUAGUAGCUUCUCUAAAGCACAUCAGAGACCAAGAAUGGAAGAAUGAACCUGAAGCAGCCUCACUAAAGUGUUUCUGGUUUUAGAUUGUACCAGGUGUGGGCAGACCCUACUCAUCCCUGUCUUCACUGGGCCCUCCUGCUGCUUCAGUGUAGCAACCCCUUUAGAGGCUUAAUAGCUGUGUGUACUUUUUAUUUUAGAAGUUGUACAACUCUAUCCACAUUUUGCAGCACAAAUUGUUUCUUGCAUAAUACUACAGAAUACCAGUAACUAAUUCUUUACUUUUCUAUUUUCCAAGAACGGACUAAAAUUGACAUAAAAGAACUGUAUAUUCAUCUCUACAAAAGCAUAGACAUUUCUCAGAAGUGAACAUACACUUUAAAUAACUUCAAAGUUAUCACUUUAAAAAACUUCUUCCCAUGUCACUGUAACCUUCAACACAUAAUGCAGUGCAAUUUAUGUGUAAUCAUUCUGUACCAUUGCUGCUAUUUAUAACAUAUUUAUAAAGGCAAUUUACAGAUUUGUAAGUACAAGCUCAAACUUACAAAUAUCUGUGUCUAAGUGUUACUGUACUUUUUCAUGAUUACACAUUUGAAUCUCUGAAGUUUGUGUAUAUUACUGUGACCAACUCCUACCCUGUAAGCAGGCAUCAUGGUGUCAACAUUACAUACACAUUCUAAAGUAUGAAUGCACUUACACCUUUGCAAAUAGUAACUUAAAUAUUUACUAAUUACACAAAUGCAUAUAGUAUGCACAAAUGAAACAAUAAAAUUAAACAAAAUUUUCAGCAAGUCUUACUUAGCCUCCUACAGCUUUAGUGAAGGUUUGUUUCAGUGUUCAUUCUUAAUUCAAUUAUAACAUAUAAAUUAUUCAUCCCAAUAUGAUGGUAACAUAAAAAGGUCAGGGAUAGUGCAAUGUAUUUUAAUAUAUAUCUAUAUAAAAUAUAAUAGAGAUAAAUACAGAAGUGUAAUGUAAUGUAUACAUUAGGAAAAUGGACUUUCAUUUUUUUUCUAAAACUGCAUUCACUGAAAAUAUUAUUAUUAUUAUUUUUUAGUCAUAACAGCUAUAUCUGGGAGGAAUAACUUUGCAAUCAGUUUCUUGGCUCAUAGAUGUGUGGACUAGUCAUAGGCAGUGAUUUCGUUACCACUGUAAUUUCCUGUAGCAUAAAAAUCCAUGUUAAAUAGGCACUUGACAUUGUAUUUUGACUGUAAAAGGAGGAAGGUAGUUAUUUAUCUCAUAACCUUACUUAAAAUCUCAAUGUUGAAAUACAGCAACUCAAAUCCAUGUUUUUGGUUAGUAUUUAGUUGUUAUUUUAAACUUUGACAGUGCUGAAUUGUGAACAGAUUUUACAACCCAUAAACCAGUUGGAUACACCUAAAGUAUUAAAUUGCAAUGGCCAAAACAUUCAUAUAUAUAUAUAUUCACACACAAAUAUAAUUUCAGAAUUAAUUCUGCUGGAAAAUAAUCAGUCCAAAUUAAGGGAAAAUGCAACCCCUCCCUCCAAAUACCCCCCAAAACAAAAACAACUCCCCCUUCAAAUAAUUAUUCUUCAGCCUUAUUCUAACUCUUUAAUAUAAAGGUGGUCCUAUUGUCAUAACCUAAAAUUCCACAACAAAUCACUAUAGUUAUGGUGUAUUUCCACACCAUAUUCCUUUGCUGUGCAUGAGCUGCUGGGUCCCCGCUGCAGUAAGUCCACCCACCCACAAGUCUUCAUCCAUGGGAGACUGAACUAAUAACACUGACUUUGGCACAGAACACAGCUGCCAGGAUCAUGUUCAUCCAAAAAUGCAGAGAGAGGAGGAGGCAGUUAAGAGUGCCAAUUCAGGGUGUGGAAGAAGAAAAGGAAGCAGAAGGGAAAGUAACUCCCUGUCCAAAAAACUAAGCACUGUGCACUCUGGCAGUUACUCAGUGACGAUAGUUUGGAAAUUAGGCAGUAGUGAUGGUGUGAUUGAGGAGAUCAGAGAAAACUAGGUGUGCACCCCAAUGCUUAGUACUACCUAAGAGUAGUUCUAGGGUUUACACUCAGGUUUGCUAUAAGGCAUCUGGGGCUGCUUCUGGGCUGUCUGUGGGCAUGUCUACACAUGAAAUUAAUGCAAUACAAGCUCUGGCACAGAUUAUGUCAGAGUUCAUUGUUCCUGGGUGCCACAUUUGAAUGUGCACCCAGGACUGUAGCACAUUGAGGCAGGCCUAAACACCACCAGAUAGCAGGAGAUCUGGAGGCUCAGCCUGCCAUCCUGAGGCUACUCUGACCAGGGUCCAUAUGCUGCAGAGGGGCUGACGGGCAUGAGGGUGCUCCAGUGUGGGGCCAGCCUUCACUGAAACACCCUUGUGCCCCAGCCAGCCCCAUCAACAUCUACACAUGCAUUGUGGCACACUAAAUAAUGGCACCACAAGAUAUUGUGCAACACAACCUGCAACAAUAUUUAUUAGUUUAUUGCAGCCUAAAAGGGUAGACACAGAGGCUUCGCUGUGGAGCUAAUUAGGCAACCACAGUAAAUGUCUUGUGUAGACAUACCCUAUGUUGCCUAGUUUCAGGUCUCUGGUAUACUGGAACAAGAUUAUCUGAGCAGGGCUUAUUUUCUCGGUGCCAGUCCUGCAGCGCUCAUAUAAACGUGACGCUAGUAACUAGAACCCACAGCUAGGAGUGGGGAGAGGUGGGUUUCAGUCUCCAUUCCCUUAAAAAGUUUAUGCCUUCUUCUAUUAGACAGUUAUUUGAUAAAAAAUAGAAAUAACUGUUAUCAGGGACAAGAACUCAUGAUACCUGCAGCCACUGAAGUAUCCUAACUACUGGGCUAUGGAUUUAUUUGCCCUCUUCUUCGCUGCUUUUUGACCCCAUGCAUGCCUUGGCAUACAGUGUCCCAACUUCAAUGCAAAGGAAUGAAUGAUUCCAGGGCACUCCCCUGGGAAAUCUGAAAUAUGGGUUUGAAUCUCCUCAUGCUGGUGAGAGUCUAAAUAUCACUUUCUUGGUGAGUGCCCAUACCACAGGGAUAUAUUACACUACUACUUCUACUGCCAACCAUGUUUAAAAAGAAUGAACUCUGCCUAGAUUCUUAAAAUAAUACUUCUAGAUGCCUGUGCUCAGGAGUCUGGUUCUGAAUCUUGAUUAUGCUCUUUUUUGUCUAGUUCAUUCUGCUGAGGAUAUAGGGGUUUUUUUUACUGUUAUUCUGAGAUGCCUAAAUAUUCCCAUUAACUUUAUAAGCAGGGAUUCUGGUUUUCUCUGAUUUAAAAAGAAAAUCCUCAAUUUUUGGAUUACAAAAAUAACCCUAAAUCCACAUUUCUCUGUGAUCAAAAGGAAACACCACUAUAUAUCAAAUAAAUAGCACUAUAUAUAUAUAUAUAUAUAUAUAUAUAUAUAUAUAUAUACACACACAUAUAUAUAU